AUGGGAGGCGAUCUCAAUCUCAAAAAGUCGUGGCAUCCCGUCCUCCAGAAAAACCAGGAGCGGGUAUGGAUCGAGCAGAAGAAGGCUCUCGAGGAGCGCAAGCGGAUUGAGCAGAUGAUGAAGGAGCGGCAGGAAGAGAGGCAAAUACAGGAGCUGCAGCAAAUGCAGGAAGCAGCAGGCGGGAAGAAACGAUUAAGCCGCGUGGAUUGGAUGUACUCGGGGCCCGCCGCGGGCCAGACGGGGACAACAGAAGAAAUUGAAGGAUAUCUCCUGGGGAAGCGCCGCAUCGAUGAUCUUAUCAAGGGCUCUGAAAGCUCGAAGCUACAGAAAUCAUCCACGGAGGACUCGUUUAUGGCUGUGCAGAAUGCGAAUACCGCGAGGGAUACCGCUGCGAAGAUUCGAGAAGAUCCCAUGCUGGCCAUUAAAAAACAGGAACAAGCCGCCUACGAAGCAAUGAUGAACGAUCCAAUCCGGAGGAAACAACUUUUACAGGCUGCCGGUGUCGAUACGCAGUCGUCAGAAAAUAAUCGGAAGCACAGAAAACGCAGACAUAGGAAUGAUGAUAGUGAUGACGAGCGGAGUUCAAGACAUAGACCUCGAAGACACGAUGAUCAUGGCGACAGACACAGGUCCCGGAGACACGAUAAUGGGGAUGACAGACGAAGUCGCCAUCGUCGGAGUCAUCGAUCACGCAGCCCAUCCAGGUCGCGAUCGCGAUCAAGAAGCCCACCACCCCGCCACUAUAGAUCCAAAAGCUCACCGUCGCCACUGCACAGGCGACGGUCUUACUCUCCGCAUCCCCGUGAACGCUCCCGCGAGCGCUCAUCACAUCGAUCCCGAGAGGAGUCCUCCCGCUCCAAGAGACAGAGCUGGCACCAUUAUCGAAGAGAGUCACCCCACUCCUAUCAGAGAUCCGACGCUCCUGCUCGUGCCCGUCUCCCUGCUCCACAAAAGGAGACCAAAUCCACCACGAAUGAUGAAGAGCGCAUGGCCAAGUUAGCAGCUAUGCAACGAAACGCCAACGAGCUAGACCAGGAUCGCGCGGCCCGUCUAGCCGCAGCUGAGAGGCGAGAGCGCAAGGAGCAGGAGGCGGACGACGCGGCUCGCGCGCUGUCAAGCAAAUAUGGAGGGAAGGGGAGGUUUGUGAGCGGCCUGAAUAGGCGGGCUGGAGAAAUGGAUCUGGCUGAUAGGCUCCAACGAGGGAGGAGGGGUGUUGAGAAAGAGCAGGAAGCUUACUGA